AUGGAUCCCCGCGGGUCCCUUUUCUUGGACCCGUCCUCUGCUAUGGCGGCCAUCACCAAACACAAAGCGGAAGCCAUAAAACUAGCUCGAGAGCAAGGUGUGGCAGUUCAAGAGAUGUGUCGCCGCGCGAAAACCGAAAUCCCGCCCUAUGAAUUUGAAGAGCUGAUUGGCAAAGGAGCUUACGGUCGUGUCUACAAGGGUCAUCAGACAUCAACAGGUCGACUCGUUGCCAUCAAAGUUCUGGAUAUCGACUCACUAGACUACAAUUCACUGCGAGAUCUCAGAGAUGAGUCUAUCAAAGAUUUCAUUCAUGAGACCACAGUCAUGAAGCAAGUGAAGGAUUCUGGAGCUCAGAACAUCAAUGAACUCAUUGAAGCGAUCUCAAUUCACUCUCAGUUAUGGCUCGUUUGUGAGUAUUGUCCAGGUGGCAGUGUCCGCACGUUGAUGCGCGCCACGAAUGACAAGCUCGAAGAAAAAUACAUCAUCCCGAUUGCCCGCGAGCUAGCUGUUGGUCUCCGUGCCAUCCAUGGAGCCGGAAUCAUUCAUCGUGAUAUCAAAGCCGCGAACAUUCUCGUGCACGAAGAGGGCCGGUUGGAGAUUUGUGACUUCGGUGUGGCAGGUGUCCUCCAGUCACAGCAAGACAAAAGAUCGACGUGGAUCGGCACGCCACAUUGGAUGCCGCCAGAGAUGUUUGCUACCCGCGGAGAAGCUCACCUGUACGGGAGUGAAGUUGAUGUAUGGUCAUAUGGUUGUACUUUGUUCGAGUUUGCCAAUGGAACUCCACCAAACUCAGGUCUUCGGGAGCGAAUGCAAAUCGGUCGCCAGCUGAACCGCAAAACCCCACAACUCGACAAAGACGGGUACAGCCAGGGACUGAAAGAUCUCAUUGCUUUCGCUCUAGACCCGAAUCCACACACUCGUCCCACUAUGGAAGAUAUUCUCACCCACCCUUACAUUGUCGACACCGAGGAAGAAUACCCCACCUCGUCGGUAAGUGAGUUAGUGAAGGGCUAUUACCAGUGGUCUCAGCGAGGUGGCCAGCGCAUUUCCCUCUUUCACCCAGGCGGAGCGGCUGCAGCGGAGCUUCCAGGCGUCGAAGAGUCCAACGAAGAUUGGAACUUUAGCACAACUGAUGGGUUCGAACGAAGAUUUUCUGUCAUCGACCUAGACCAGAUUGCUGCCACAUUGGCUCAAAUGGAACAAUCUGCUAGUCCAACAAGCCAGUCGCCUGAGCCUGAUAUGAACGAUGAGUUCUCGGAGAGUGAACUCAACUAUGAGGACAAGAUGAAUUUUGACGAACGAGUGCGUCGAGGUGCCGAGGCAAUGGAAGGGCUGUUUGAUGAAGAGAAGCCAAGCUACAAAUACGAAACCAAGAAUGACUUCGUUCCAAUAGAGACAGCACAGCCCACAUCAGAUCUUCCUCUUCGUGCUGAGACAGAUCGCUCCUCCGUCACAUCAACUUUCCUCGACAUUGAUAUCGGGUCAUUCGAAGCUUCACAUUAUGCAGCAGGAGCCCCAUCUGCACAGCCAUUCCAGCUUGUUGAUGCGAAUACAAUCCGUGCAACUCGCUCGAGUAUCCGACCACACAGAAACUCCGACGAUGAUAGCUCUAAGUCUUGUGAUGGCAGUGUCGGUGGCAAUUCGAGUUACGACAGAGAUGUCGAGGACACCUUUGUUCCGUCUGGCCCGCGACCCCCAACAAUGGAUUGGAAGUUUCCAUCGUUUGCGCCUCCUGCAGACGACCACCCAGCAGAAGUGGAAGAAGAGCCACCCGCACAAGCACCCGUCGAAGAUGAUUCUCUGCGAGCUGAAAAACGGGCCACCAUGCAAUGGACAUUCCCUGUCAUGGGAUCCGUCCCUGAAAGUCGGCUUUACGAAGACCGACAUGAUACUCUCCGAGCUCCGCUUCCCGCCCUCCCCGAGGUUGUUCCGACUCCACCUGAAUCUCAGGAUGACCCAAUUGAACUAAGUGAGCCCCGUCCUUCUACUUCAGCCUCGAACGUCUCGGAUUCAGACUACGCAAUUGCCCCGGAUUCUGAGUACGAUCCGUUCAACUUCGACCGCCCGGAAACCCCACAGGGUGAAUCCACUCUUCAACAUGGCCACUUCUUUGACACAGAAAUGCCGGCAAUGAUGUAUUCUGAGGGAUACAAUGACUACGAGAGCUCUGGGCUCCUUGAUGGGCCCGGGCCUGAUGAAGAAUCCCACCCCUUGUGGAGAGCUCAUGCCGAGGUUUUCUCUGGCGAUGAUCCUAUGUCCGCUCUACCCACGGCCGUUCCAAUUCCGGACACCCCCAUUGCCUCCUCCGUGACCUCGGGUCCGGUAUCAGAGCCGGGAUCCCCUGUUUUCGACACCGUACGGCAUCGCCGAGAUCAAUCCUACUCCGACGCCCCAAUAGGGCUUCCCCAUUUCCAAAACAAUAGCUACCUGGAUGUCUACGCGGGUUCGCAAGAUGGGAAGGGUUUCAUUCCCUUCCCGGCAUUGGACCCUCCAAGCGAGGCAAGCCUCAUGGAAGGAGCGGAUGAUGGGGUAGUGACCGCGGAGCUUGACAGAUUGCUGGGUGAUUUCCUUGAGUCUCUUUCGGCGGCCGGGGAGGCCCUAGCCAGGGCUGGAACUCAGGACACCAACGGUGGCCCCGGUCAGCUUGCCGAGAAGGUCUGA